CCCGGCGCCGCGCCUCUAUCAGCGCGCUAUCAGUGCGCGAUUAGAUACCGCCGCGAGCGCACCUGUGCCGCCAGCGUCCAGCACCGCCGCGCCAUGAGGAGCAAGGACCGCCUGGCCGAGCUGCUGCACGCGGCGGGCGACGCGGCCGGCGUCUACCGCGCCACGGUGGAGCCGCACGAGCCCGCGCUGCACGACGCGCGCGUGCACGACAUCUUCCUGGAGGUGGAGCGCAUGCGCGGUUGGAUCCACGAGCUGGACAGCCACACGCAGCUGAUGCAGCGCCUGCACGCCGACCCCACCUUCCACACCAACAAGCGAGCAGCUGGACGCGGCGGUGACGGCGGCCACCGCGGCGGGGCUCAAGCUGAGCGGCGCGCUGCGCCAGUUCGAGACGCGGCUGAGCGCGCGCAACGACGUGGCGGCGCGCAUCGCGCGGCUGCAGUACGCGUGCACGCGCCGCCUGUACGCCGCCGCACUCGCGCGCCACCACGCCGCGCUCGCCGCCGUGCGCGACCAGCAGCGCCAGCUGCUGCUGCAUCAGCUCGACCUCAGCCUGUGCCGAGCAGUGGGACGACAUGGGAUGACAUGAUCAGUAAGCUAGCGAGUGACGAGUGGGGUGGUGUUGCAGCGUCGCUGGCCGUGUCGGAAGAGGAGUGCGAGGCGCUGCUGGAGUCGCGCGACUUGGCGCUGUUCGUGCACAACGUGCGCGCGGAGACGGCGGAGGCGCGGCGCGCGCUGCGCGACGUGGAGGCGCGCCACGAGGAGCUGGCGCGCCUCGAGGCCGCGCUCGCCGACGUGCGUGACCUCUUCGCGCAGCUCGCGCACCUCGUCGCCGAGCAGGUGCACUACAGAGGCUACAACUUGCUCAAGACCAGGUGGACAGCGUGGAGUACUACGCGCUGCAGGCCUCCGAGCACGUCGGCAGCGGCGGCACGCAGCUGCUCAAGGGCACCGUCAGCCGCACGCGCGCGCGCAAGAAGAAGCUGAGCCUGCUGGUGUGCGUGGCGGCGGGCUUCGCCGUCGUGCUGCUCGUGCUCGUGCUCACGUGAUGCGCCCGCCCCUCGCCUGCCACGCACUAGUCACCUUAUGCCUACAUACUAAUUACUUUAUGUUCUAUACAUUUUAUUAUUUAUGUUACCUAUCUUAUAAUAAAUUAUUCAUAAGUA